CGUAAUAGGUGUUGAGCCAAAACAUUUCUAAAAAUUUGCCUAAGGGGCCUAAAAAUGCAGGUCUGUUCAAUGUCAUUAAAUUGAUGAACACCUGAUUUCACCACGAUGCCAAACAUAAUGAUAUUCUAUUGAGCCUAAUGUUAUUAAAAUUAAAAGUAAGUAAGCACAUAUCCCAAUGACGUAAUCUCUAUUUUUUUGGGGUGUAAUUUCUCCUCUGACUUUACUCUCGACCCCAUCAAUGCUGCCAUCUCAAAGCUUUGGCGUCUGAGUCGAUGGGGAAAGCUUUCCAUCCGGUGUCAGAUGCGAUUACUUCUGCACGAAGCAGCAAACUAGAUCCCAGGAGAACUUGACAAGUCUCCAGACAAACAUAACUCUUUCAAUAACCCAGUCAUUGAAUACGGAGCGCUGAAACAAAACCGAAAAUGAUGUCCAAACCUCACGAAAGCGUGGACACGGUCACACUGAGGGAGAAAAUCCGCAUGAAGAAAAUCGACCGCCAGGUGUACGUGGACGAGAUGGGCGGGAUCCUGAGAGAGAACAGGGAGAAGAGGAACGCCUUGAGGAUUGGCAACGACUGUCUGCGCUUUAUGACGCAGCGCCAACGGAAUCUGUCCAAGUUCAUCAACGCGCGAAUCUUCGCCGAGCGUCCCAGCCAGGAGAGGCUGCCUAUGGUCAGAUGUGACUUGCAGGAAGCGCACGCUUUCAACUUCACGGAGAGCUCAAACAUCACAGAAACCAAGAUCAAAGCCCGGAACAAAGCUCUGGUGAGCUCCAGGGACACCCUGCUCAAGAUAAUGGACGCCAUGCUUGUCACAAACCUGAGGAUCCGAGGCCGCCCACAGAGACGCCCUGAAGAGAGAGGAGAGAGAGAGACAAGGCUUUGAAGAACUGGACAAGAAGCUGACCACACAAGACAGACUACGCUCUGAUGUUCAUGUGGCGCUCCACGCUGUCUUUGAGAAACUGCGCCCCAUCAAACUGCCCAAAGAGGAGAACCUGUACAGCGGAGAGCUGAUCCCUGACGUCGUCCACUUCACCAGCAAACUGCACAAGAUGCUGUCCGUGAUCGAGAGCAAGACGGUGCCUGUGGGCCACGUGAAGCCUCUCAUGCUACACGUGUUCCGGCAGAGGCGAGUGCCCCCAGACUCGGUGCGAGUGGAACUACAGCACCAGGGGGCGCGCGAAAACAUCCAGGGCUUUGACGCCUUCGAAGCUGAUCAGCCUGGCUACAUCUCCAGAGACAUGCUCAAGGCCCGGGCCGAGGAAGCAGCAGCGCCCAAGAAGAAGAAGUAGAUCUUCUAGGCGGAGAGAGAACCGCCUCCUACAUGGUCUAAACUGUACCGGUGGGGGCUUAAAAACACAUUCGUGCACAUUAGUAAAAUAAUUUUCAGAAGAGAUAGAGAGAGGAAAGAGAGAGAA